AUGAGGCCGUUUCACUUGCGUUGGAAAGUUAACUCAAUCAGAGCACGCAGGGAACUGAGGUAUAUCAGAAGCCAACAAAGUCACAACAAUGAGUUCUACAUCCUCACCACGCCAUUAAUCAAGCAUGAACACAAGGCCAACCUUGGUCUUUUGUUUGGAAAGACACUCAUCAAUGUGAGGCAUCUAGCUCAAGACUUGGAAAGCAACAAGAAGCUUUGUGUGCGAUUUGGGAGACUCAACACAGCCAUAGUGCAACAUGUGGGAAUCACCAUUCCCAACUAUGAGCCACUGCCCAACCCAAUCCCUUUGGAUCUCCAUGACCUUCAGCAAAUUCACUUCCUCAACCGUUGGACUCAAAACCCAACCAAGUUUUGCUAUGAGUUCCCAAUUGGACCAACCAACACUUCGCUUGUCUUGCUGCCACAUGAGGACAUCCCAAGCCUACGAUCAGUUAAUCAAGCCCUAGACCGUGUGAGCAAGCUGGAGAAGAUUGUGGAGUGCCAAUCAUGUUUCAUCUCAGGCCUUGUUUGUGUAGUCCGCCACAUUGCACCGGAGAGACUCUUUCGCCCUUCUCUCACUGCUAGAGAACCAUAUGAGCCUGACCUUGGUCUUUUGGAGCAUUCUGGAGCAUAUGGGACGAGGAGCAUGGAGGACUUGGUGCAUGGACGCAGCUCAACUGGAUACGCAAAGGAAGAAGGAGGAAGCCAUCUUGAAGACCAGCUCGACCACCUACUCGACCAACCGGUCGAGUUCCUCAACUCGACCGGCCAAGCUUCAACUCGAUCGAGCUGA